GGUUCCACCUCAGCGGGACGGUCACGGAGCCCGCGACUGCGACAGAGCCAGAGAUGACCUACAAGGUGGCCAUCAGCUUUGACCGCUGCAAAAUCACAUCGGUGACAUGUGGCUGCGGGAACAAGGACAUUUUUUACUGCGCCCAUGUCGUGGCGCUCUCGCUGUACAGGAUCCGCAAGCCGGACCAGGUCAAACUCCGUCUUCCCAUCUCAGAGACCCUUUUCCAGAUGAACAGGGACCAGCUCCAGAAGUUUGUUCAGUAUUUGAUCACGGCACACCACACUGAGGUGCUGCCCACUGCCCAGAAGUUGGCUGAUGAGAUCCUGUCGUCCAACUCGGAAAUCAACCAAGUGCAUGGUGCUCCUGAUCCCACCGCUGGGGCCAGCAUUGACGAUGAGAACUGCUGGCACCUGGAUGAAGAGCAGGUCCGAGAGCAGGUGAAGCUGUUCCUAUCUCAGGGAGGGUACUACGGCUCCGGGAAGCAGCUCAACUCUAUGUUUGCCAAGGUCCGGGAGAUGCUGCGCAUGAGGGACUCCAACGGGGCCAGGAUGCUGACGUUGAUAACAGAGCAGUUCAUGGCCGAUCCUCGGCUCUCCCUCUGGAGGCAGCAGGGGACGGGCAUAACGGAGAAGUGCCGGCAGCUCUGGGACGAGCUGGGGGCGCUGUGGGUGUGCGUCGUGUUAAACCCGCACUGCAAGCUGGAAGAGAAAUCCUGCUGGCUGCGGCAGCUGCGGAAAUGGGGCGAGAUGGACGUGUGUCCCUUGGAAGAUGGCAAUUACGGCAACGAGCUUCCCAACAUCACCAACGCACUUACGCAGAGCUCCAGUCACAGCCAAGACUCCCUGGCCAGGCCCAGACGAACCGUCUUCACCCGUGCGAUCGAGGGCUGGGACUUCCACUGGCAGGACAGCCACUUGCAGCGCAUCAUUAGCAGUGACUUCUAUGUGUCUCCCUCUUACCAGCGCGAGGGUGAGAGCCUCCUCUUCAACUCCCAAGGGCAGCCACUGUGGCUAGAGCACGUCCCGACAGCCUGCGCUCGGGUGGAUGCCCUGCGCUCCCACGGGUAUCCCAGGGAAGCUCUCCGACUCACUGUUGCUAUAAUCAACACCCUGCGACUGCAGCAGCAAAGGCAGCUGGAAAUAUAUAAGCAUCAGAAGAAAGAGCUGCUGCAGCGAGGGGCAACAACCAUCACCAACUUGGAGGGCUGGGUAGGCCACCCUCUGAACCCCAUCGGCUGCCUCUUUCUCACACUGACUGAAGCCUGUAGAUUAGAAGAGGAAAAUUGCCUUGAAAUUUCAGAUGCAGGGGACUCCAAACCCCCGGUGUACCAACACGUCCCCGUGGCUACCGGCAGCCAAGACAGUGCCGAGUCCUACCUGUCCCUGGCCUUAGAGGUGGCACUGAUGGGGAUGGGUCAGCAGAGAGUGAUGCCUGAGGGCCUCUAUGCCCAGGACAAGGUGUGUCGCAAUGAGGAGCAGAUCAUAGCCCGCCUGCAGGACCUGGAGCUGGACCCUGUGCUGGUGCAGACCCUGCGAAAGCAGUGCAUCCUGCUGCUGGAAGGUGGUCCCUUCAGCGGCUUGGGAGAAGUGAUCCACCGUGAGAGCGUCCCCAUGCACACCUUUGCCAAAUACCUGUUCUCCGCCCUGCUACCCCAUGAUGCAGAUCUGGCAUACAAACUGGCUUUGCGGGCCAUGAGGUUGGUGCAUGUUUUAUUCUGUCUCUGCUCCCUGUUUUUCCUUUCUGCUCUGUUCUACUGGGAAGCCGGGACUCUGCAACCUCAGAGCAAGGGUGGGAGCAGAGGCAGGCCUCGGAUUUGGGAUCCUGUGCUGCACAUCCUGGUGCCAGGCAGCAGUGUGCCUGCUCCCUGUUUGGGUGAUUUCUGGUUUUCAAGCCCCAAAUUUUCAAUUCCAAAGGCAUUUGCAUGGGGACUCAGGCUGACCUUGCUGAAGGGCUGGUUCGCAACCCGGUGCAGGCAGGGGGUGGGGUCCAGGGUGAGUGGGAGGCAGGCUGAGCCGUCUGACUGUCCUUGCACGCACCCAGGAGACAUGCUGCGCUUACGCACGGUGCUGGAGGCCAUCCAGAAGAACAUCCACUCCUCCUCCUUGAUCUUCAAGCUGGCCCAGGAUGCUUUCAAGAUCGCUACGCCGGCUGAUAGCAACUCGGACACGACACUGCUCAACGUGGCGCUGGAGCUGGGGCUCCAGGUGAUGCGCAUGACUUUGUCCACCCUCAACUGGCGGCGGCGGGAGAUGGUGAGGUGGCUGGUGACGUGUGCGACAGAAGUGGGAGUGAGGGCCCUGGUGAGCAUCCUGCAGAGCUGGUACUCGCUGUUCACCCCCACGGAAGCCACCAGCAUCGUGGCCGCCACGGUGAUGUCGCACAACACCAUCCUGCGCCUGAGCCUGGACUACCCACAGCGGGAGGAGCUGGCCAGCUGCGCCCGCACCUUGGCGCUGCAGUGUGCCAUGAAGGACCCCCAGAACUGCGCCCUGUCUGCCCUGACGCUCUGCGAGAAGGACCACAUCGCCUUCGAGACCGCAUACCAGAUCGUCAUCGAUGCUGCCUCCACUGGCAUGACCUACACCCAGCUCUUCACCAUUGCCCGCUACAUGGAGCACCGGGGCUAUCCUCUGCGGGCAUUCAAACUGGCCUCGCUGGCCAUGACUCAUCUCAACCUGGCCUACAACCAGGACACGCACCCCGCCAUCAACGACGUGCUCUGGGCUUGCGCCUUGAGCCACUCCCUGGGCAAAAAUGAGCUGGCGGCCAUCAUCCCACUGGUGGUGAAGAGCGUGCACUGCGCCACAGUGCUCUCGGACAUCCUUCGCCGCUGCACCAUGACGGCCCCAGGCCUGGCCGGCAUCCCUGGCCGCAGGAACUCGGGGAAGCUGAUGUCGACUGACAAAGCGCCCCUGCGGCAGCUGCUGGACGCAACAAUAAGCGCCUACAUCAAUACCACGCACUCCCGGCUCACCCAUAUCAGCCCACGGCACUAUGGGGAGUUCAUCGAGUUCCUCAGCAAGGCCAGAGAGACCUUCCUCCUGGCACAGGACGGGCACAUACAGUUCGCCCAGUUCAUUGACAAUCUCAAACAAAUCUACAAAGGCAAGAAAAAACUGAUGCUGCUGGUGCGGGAACGGUUUGGUUGAGCCCUGGCUGCUGCCAAUGUCACUGGCAGGGUCUGGCCGCGGCACGGGGACAUGGGAAAGAAGAAACGAAAGCGGAGAACACCUUCCCCUGAUCGGCAGAGGCUGCUCUGUUCUGUUCUUCUGUUUCUUUUUUAUUUUAUUUUUUUUCUUUCUUGGAUUUAACCAUUUCACACGCUGAGAGGAUCCAGAGAUUCUUUGGGCACAAACCAAAAGGCAACCACGGGAAAGGAUGGUUUGCUCAGCCCCUGCCCUCCCUUGCCAAUACCAAAAGCUAACCUGGAAAUCUAAUACCUCUUUCUUGAAGGAAGCGGUCGCUGAAGGGAUCCGAAGGUUGCAAAGUGCAAAAAUCUUUAAAAUUACGUGGGGGAAAAAAAAGGAAAGAAAGAGCGAGCAAAGAAACCCGCAACACUAGAACCUCAUGCGUCACCAAAAGCGAUGGCUUUGCAGAGUGCUUCUCCCGCCCGCCCGAGACAUGCAAACUCCUCUAUUUGUGAAGAUACUUCAAUAAAUACAAGUUAAAGUAACUGUUCUCAGGGAUUGCUUACUAAAAGUAACACA